AUGGCCUUUCACAAUCUGACAUCAAAGGCUGUACUACUGUAUGAUGAAUGGAUUAAAGAUGCUGAUCCAAGACUGGAAGGCUGGCCACUCAUGUCUUCACCUUUUCCAACAACCUUUAUCAUUGGAACCUACAUUUAUUUUGUCACUUCCUUGGGACCCAAACUCAUGGAAAAUAAAAAACCUUUUGAACUCAGGCAGAUAAUGGCAUUUUAUAAUUUUAGUGUGGUAGCCCUCUCUUUAUAUAUGACUUAUGAAUUUCUUAUGUCAGGUUGGGCCACAGGGUACUCAUUCCGGUGCGAUAUUGUUGACUACUCGAGGUCACCUACUGCUCUAAGGAUGGUACGAACUUGUUGGCUUUACUACUUUUCCAAGUUCAUUGAAUUAUUAGACACUAUAUUUUUUGUGCUGCGUAAGAAAAACAACCAAGUUACAUUCCUGCAUGUCUUUCAUCAUUCCAUCAUGCCAUGGACCUGGUGGUUUGGAGUCAAAUUUGCUGCAGGUGGUUUAGGAACAUUUCAUGCUUUGCUGAAUUGUAUUGUCCAUGUGGUCAUGUACACCUAUUAUGGAAUCUGUUCUUUGGGACCAGCCUAUCAUAAAUAUUUGUGGUGGAAAAAAUACUUGACAACUAUACAACUUGUCCAGUUUAUUAUGAUUACAGCCCAUAUAGGACAAAUCUACAUCAUGGAUGAUUGUCCGUACCAGUAUCCGAUUUUCAUGUUUAUUAUUUGGCUAUACGGCUCUAUGUUUUUAAUCUUGUUUCUCCACUUCUGGUACCACGCUUACACGAAGGGACAAAGACUACCAAAGAUGGCAAGAAACGGGGUCAGAAAAGAUCAGUGA